GAAUCUUCCACUUCGUAGCAUGGAAGAUUUCCAAGAUUUUCUUCAGAACCUGGACUUCAAGUUCUUUGAACAUGGUGUUACAGGUUAUAGGACCCCACUGGGGGGGCAUGUGUACACAGCCUCAGAUGACCCCCCUGAGGUUACAAUGGAACCUCAUAAUGAGUGUUCAUAUUCACCAUUUUUUCCAAAGAAGUUAGUUAUGUUCUGUUUAAAAGAACCUGACCCAUCUUGUGGUGGUGAAACUGUUCUCCUGAAAAGCCAAGAUUUGACUGCCCUCUUGGAUCCUGAAGUGAUUCAGAAGUUUGAGGCAAAGAAGAUUCGCUAUCAAGCAUUUCUACCAAAUAAGAACACAGGAGCUGGACUUCAGAAGAGCUGGCAAGACAGAUUCUGGAUGGAUGAUCCCAAGGAAGUGGAAACAAUUCUUGAAUCAAAUGGAUGGAGUUUCUCUUGGGACAAGGGAAAAAAUCUUCGAUUCUGGUACCUUAACUCACCUGUUAUUGAACACCCCGUGACUGGGGAGAAGAUAUGGUUUAAUCAGAUAACAAGCUACAAUGCAAGCUACUUCAGAGCUCUUCCUCUGUAUGAAAAUACUGGUGAUAGUAUUGAAGAUGAUCAAUUUCCUUUUCACUGCUACUAUGGUGAUGGAUCUCACAUUGAGCCUGAGGUCCUUCAGCAUAUUCGUGAAGUGAUGUGGUCCUGUGCAGUGGGAUUUCGGUGGCGAACAUUUGAUGUUGCUGUACUGGAUAAUCAACAGGUUUUACAUGGAAGGAUGGGAUGGACUGGAGACAGGAAACUUGUGACUUCACUAAUAGAUGAAUAAAGCUGCGAAUCCUUUUUAAGGCCAGGAUACACUUUGGUAUUCAUAGGUGUGAAGGUGCAUGGACAGAUCGUAGCAAAAAUUGGCUUUGGGCGACAUGAAGAAUAAUUUUUGUGAAAAUAUUUGUCUCUGUAACAAAAAUUUUAAUGUGAGAGGGUUUUAUGUCAAUAUUUUACAAUAUGUUUCCUAUAUCAAUUUCAAUGUAUUUGAUUGUUUUUUUUUUAAAUAUUUGAUUAUUUUAUUUUCAAAACAGCAAAACAUGACAAUAUUUUUGAUGUAUCAAUUUAUUUUAUUUAGUGAAGAACACAAGUUUCAACUCCACAUGUGUACAAUAAUGAUCUCUUAAAACUUAUCAAAUACCUAAAGUACAGGGUCAAAUAUUUUUAGUGAUUUCCUUACCUUUUGGUUAAAAAUAUUAAAAUGUUAAAAAAUUGGAAGAUUUAUUAGUGGUGUGAAAAUACAUUUUCGGUUAUUAUCUUAAUGUGAGGAGAAAGGACAGGAUGCAGUUAUUACAAAGGCUACCAUUCAAAAGAUUUACACCUCAGUUAUUUCAAUUUUUUUCAUUUUCGAUCAAUAACAUCAUUUUCACAAAAUAAAUUAUGUCAUAAUAGUUGUAACAAAGUAUAAUUAUUAUGUAUAUAUUUCAUCAUUCUUAUACUCUUUGUUGUCAAUAAAAUCUUAAGGACAAACUG